GCUUGCCAGCCGUUGCCGUUUCUUCGAGUCACCACAGUAAAAGUCGAUUUCGUAGGCGAAGCCGGUAUCAUACAGGUGCGCCCUGUGCCGAGCAAAUGUCAACAUUUUUCUUCGCGGUAGUUCAGUAGGUAUCUUUUAAGUCGAUUGUUAAGUUACAUAAUUAGUGUGACUAAAAUUUACAUUUUUAUAUUACCCGAAAACACUGUGAUAUACUGUUCGAAAGAUAAUGUUCUGAAGGAUCGAGAACAAAAAUCAGUGUUUUUUUUUUGGUGCUUUUAUGUGAAGUUUGACUUUUUUCGGUGGAUUUAACUAUAGUGUAUUUUACAAGUGGCAAAAUUACUUAAUAGGAUCUUGGAGACAAAGAAUAUUUGGAUUUAUUUAUAUAAAACUACUAGCCAAUGUUCAUAUUAUUUUGAGGCGAUUUAUUAAAUGAUAAGUGGAAUGGCCUUUUAUAUAAGACUGAUACUGGCUGUACUGAUUCUUCCGCUAAUUCAUUGUAAAGGUCUAUGUGAAGUAGAAAAUGGAUCAACAAACAUAAUAGUAGAUAUAGAAGAAAGCAGAGGAUCAUCCAUAAGUCAAGAAACUAAUCCAAUAGAACUACCCAUAAAAGGAGAACCAAAUGUAGACGUAUAUUUAGAACUAUCGUUUCCCAAAGGACUACCAUUAUUUUUUCUUAAUGAGAAAAAACUGCAGCUUUUAGCACCCAUAGAUAGAGAUGAAAAUAAUUUAUCUCAUAUAGUUUUUCAGCUUAUUUGUACGAUAAGAUCGACUCAUAAAGUUAAGUCAAUUCCUGUGAUAGUAAGACUGACUGAUAUUAACGACAACAUACCACAGUUUGUAGGAACGCCAUAUGAAACCAGUAUAUCUGAGUUAACUCCAAUAGGAACGACCAUAUAUCAGAAUAUACUUGCCAAAGAUAAGGAUUCUGGAGUUAAUGGACAAGUAGAAUAUUCAAUAGUUAAAGGCUCUGAUAUACCGUCAGAUGAGGGUAUUGGUAGAACAAGGAUACACAGCGAAGAUGGAUAUGGCUACUUUGCUAUUAAUUAUCCCCAUCAAGGACAAGUAACUGUCAAGAAAACUCUUGAUUUCGAAAAAACUCAGCGGUACUAUGUUACUAUUCUAGCUACGGAUAAGGCCAAGGAUGAAAGUCAACGUUUAACUUCCACCACUACUUUGGUAGUGAACAUUAAAGAUGAUGACGAUUUACCUCCCUCAUUUAUCUACAAAGGUUGUAUGCUUUUGGAUGGUUCCUGUAUAAAUCCAGAAUAUUCAGCGUCGGUUCUCGCAGGAGUGAACCAAGGAGCAUUAACCAUAUCCCCAGAAAAAAUACAGGCUGUUGAUAUGGAUACUAUAAAUUCGCCUAUUAAAUAUUCGUUUGUAAGCGGGACUCCAGAAAAUUAUAAUGAAUAUUUUAAAAUUCAUCCAGACACUGGCACAGUUCAUCAAAUUAAGGCAGUUGAGUCCGCUACGACAAAAUUCUUUAACAUAAUUAUAAAGGCCCAGGAAGAGUCUGAAGCCAAACGGUCUACCACCGCCAAACUGUUAAUAACAGUUAAGCCGGUAGACGCACAUCCGCCCGAGAUAGUAUUAUCAACCAAAGAAGGUUAUGUCAAAGAAAACUCUCCAAUUGGUGAACAAGUUCAGGAUUUAAGCGGGAAGCCACUGUUAAUCACAGUUGAGGAUAAGGACUUUGGCUCGGAAGAUCCAAAACCAGUUUACACCUUUGAGUUGACUACGCCAUACUUUAUCAUUGACAAAGAGGGACACCUGGUGGUAAAUGAAAACAACUUGGACAGAGACCCUCCGAAUCCUGGAAAAUUUAAAUUUCAAAUUGUAGCAAGAGAAAAGAAUAGUGCAGCUGCUAGCGCUCCAGCAUCAUUAACUGUGAAUCUUCUAGAUAUUAAUGAUAAUGCUCCGAUGUUACCAAGUAUUGCACCUGUAACUGUACCAGCAGGAGACGCCAAACGAAAAGUUACUACAAUCCACGCUACUGAUAAUGACGAAGAGGAAAACUCAAUUAUAAAAUAUUCAAUUUACCACGUGUCAAAUAAUGGAAAUAGCAAAUUCAUCAUUGACUCAAAAACUGGGGAGAUUACUACUACAGGAAAAUUAAAUGCUGGUGACCAGUAUAGUCUAACAGUACAAGCAACAGACUUAGGAGGAUUAUUUAGUCAAGCCAUCCUAGAAGUAACAGUGAGUCCAGGCCCCAACACAGAAGCCCCCGUUUUUGAGCAGUCUGUAUAUGAUAUCGAAGUAAGCGAAGGGGCUACACUUAACUCAACAGUGGCCACUUUAAUCGCAGUAGAUCCAGAAGGAGAUCCGGUAUUUUACUCCAUUGCUUCUGGAAAUGAUCUAAGGCAAUUUGCUAUAGGCGCUAAAAAUGGCGUAUUAUCUAUUAUAAGAAUGUUGGAUAGAGAAGAUCUCAACAGGUACCAGCUUAUCAUCAAGGCUGAGGAUAAUGGAAAAUUAUCAAGUACUGCUACUGUGAAUAUAAAGGUCACUGAUAUAAAUGAUAAAAAUCCAGAGUUUAUUGGUGAUCCGUAUUUAUUUCAUGUAAAAGAAGGACUAAAGAAAACUUUGGUGGGAUUUGUGAAAGCUGUAGAUGCCGAUGAAGGUAUUAAUGCUAAAAUUACCUAUUUCAUACCUAGCGGAUUUCCUUUUGAUAUUGAUAAUGAAACUGGGGAAAUAAGAACAAAUAGGCCAUUGGACUAUGAAACACAGAAGAACUACCAGUUUGUUGUUACAGCAAAAGAUGGCGCACUAGAUCCAAGAAUAGCGACAGCUACAGUUGCCAUAGAAGUAGAAGACAUCGAGGACGAAGUACCUAUAUUUAAAGAUGACAAAUAUGAAGCAUUAGUCCCAGAAAAUAUGGCAGAUCAUUUCGUAACAUCUGUAGAUGCAUACGAUCCUGACACCAUUCAAAAAAUUACCUAUGUUAUUCACCAAGGCCCUACAGAUCUAUUUCGGAUCGAUGAAAAGACUGGAGCUAUAUAUACUACUAGAGGGUUGGAUUAUGAAAAAGAUCAACAACACGUACUGGUAAUUGGUACAUUAGAAAAUAUGUCAAAUGAAAAAAAUAGCACUACUAAAGUUGUUGUGGAUGUGGAGGACAGAAAUGACAUUCCACCUGUUUUUACUAUUAUUCCGCAUCCUAUAAGUUUAGAAGAUGAUGUUUCUAUUGGAACCACUGUUAUUGCUUUAACAGCGACAGAUUCUGAUGGAACUUCUCCUGGAAAUAAGGUAAGAUACGAAAUAAUUGGUCGUGGAAAGGCAUUGAAAUAUUUCCAAAUUGAUCCCGAUACGGGUGUUAUGCGAGUCACCAAUGAUUUAAAAAAAGAAGUAGAUACUGAAUAUCAGGUUGAUGUUCGAGCCUAUGAUCUUGGAGAACCCCAGCUUUCAUCUGUUAUUACAGUUGAAGUGUUUAUACAACACGUAGCAACAGUGGCGCCUGAGGUUGGGCUUCAUUUUGCCGAUACUUCUUACACCAUCGAGAUUCCUGAAAAUGCUACUGUCGGCGAAAAUAUUAAAACUUUAACUAUUGUGAAUGGAAAAACUCAUGGAACAACCAUUCCUUUAAAAUGCCAAAUCAUUAGUGGAAAUAAGGAAGGAAAAUUUUCUCUUAAUGUCACCGAAGAUAGAAAUUGUGCAAUUUAUCUUAAUGGUUCACUUGAUUUUGAAACCCAAGAAAAAUAUAUUUUUGAUGUGGAAAUAAUGUCGCUGCAAGGUUUUAUUAAUAAAGACUUUGCUGUUACUCAAGUAACUCUUAACGUAAUUGAUAUCAAUGAUAAUAAACCAUAUUUUAUUUAUUCUCAUGAAGAACUAAAAUCGAAAGAAAGCCAAGAAUCAAAUGAAAUAGACUUCAAAUAUGCUUCUAGUAAAAAUUCCAGAGAAAGAAAAUAUUAUGCAGCAAUUCCUUUCAAUUCUCCAAUUAAUACCGCUGUUACACAAAUCAAAGCUGAAGAUUUAGAUAGUGGAAAAUAUGGAAAGAUUUCAUAUAAUCUAGCAGGGAAUUUUAGUGAUGAAUUCUUUUCAAUUGAUUCAUCAACUGGAAUAAUACGAACUAAAAGAACGUUUGACUAUAUUAACACAGACAGUAUGCCAUUUAAACUCAUUGCUAUUGCACGUGACAAUCCAAACUCCACUAAAGAGUUCUUCGAAACUGAAACACCAAUAAUUAUAAACCUUAUUUUACCAAUACAUAGAUUAAUAUUGGUGAUAGGGGAUGCAAAAGCAAAUGAUUUACAAAAGAAAAUUAAUGAAAUUAUUAGUGUCAUUCAUGUUCAAUCUGGCUUAAUACCAGGCAUUGAAAAACUAGGCUCCAGAGAAUACAUUACAGAAAACGGUACUUUGGAAAUUGAUCCAGAAGGUACCGAUGUCUGGUUCUAUCUAAUCGAUCCAGAAAGUGACGAAAUUCUUCCAAGAAACCAUACAUUGGUUAAAAGGUCUAUCCUGGAUAAAUCAUCAAUGGACAACAUAACUUUCGAUGUGACUGCACAAAUAAAAAAUAACGCAUUAAAUAUACAUGAACCACUAAUUAUUCAUAAGGUUCGAGCUGUAUCUAUAGCCUCUUUCAGUGGUGAAGUUUUUCCUUACGCUCUCAUCAUCAUUGCUUGCAUUAUAUUUGUACUAGGUAGUAUAGGAAUUAUCUACAUUUGUGUAUCUUGGUCAAGAUAUAAAAACCAAAAGGAUCAUUAUGCCAAUGCUCGUCAGUAUGUGGUCCCAGCAAGCCCUGCAAGAUACGAUACCGUAUACGUCGAACCUAAUUUGAAAGAAUAUGAGACGCAAGUCCUUCAGAUGGUGGUACCCGUGGAUGAUCAGGAGGACUACAAUGAUCUACAAAUUGACUUUAGCAAUAAAAACCAUGCAUUUAGCUUAGAGAAUGUUAAUUAUAUUGGAAAGGAUUCGAAUUUAAAAAACUAUGAUAAAUCGAGUCCCGUAAGUAGCGAAUCAGCCACCACGGCAAGAGCAUCUAGCGUAGGUGAUAACCAUCUAAUAAAAAAUACUAACAAUAAUAUUAGAAGGGAUCAUAUUUACAGGCCAUCAGAUGAGGACGACAUGAACGCCAGUCCAACCAAUGAUAACGUGAUGUUUAAAGAGAAGAAAGACUACAGUACUUUAGGAUAUUCCUAUGAUUCUCCUGUAGAGACGACAACCGAGCUGUAGCUUUUUUAAUUAAUUAUUAGAUAUAUUACAUAAUGACGGAAUUUACGUCAAUUUGGAUGUAAAUAAUGCAGUAUCAUAGAAAUAAAAAUGUUAUGUCUGUAUAUAUGUAUGCGUUUGAAUGCCAUUUUACUGUUUUAUUGCUGUAAACGGUAAAACAUCUAUUUAUAAUACGUAACUACUUAUUAAUAAAACCUUAUUAAAAUACUAUCUAAGUAUAAGGAGUGAGACCGAAAUUGACUUUAUAAAUAUUGAAUGUAUUGAAUUUCAAAUAUAUUAUAAAUAUAAAUAUUAAGAAUUAUAUUAAGUGAGUUGUAAAAAGUUCUUGUUAUUAUUAUUUUUAUAAAGAGUAUUUCAUGUAGAAUAUGUAUAACAUUAAUUAAGUCUAGUCCUCUGUUUAUACCUAUCUUGCCUAAAAUAAAGAUAAUAAUUAUGA